GAAGCGGCUCCCCUCUCGAGGCUCCCCCGUUCGAGGCUCCCCGGCGAGAAGCGCGCCUGUUCCUGGUGAGGGAAAAGUCGGGCUGAGGACGGAGAAGCCCCGCAUGGCAGACGGCGCCCGUUCCGUGCUGGGCGGCAGCCGCGGCUCCAGCCCGCUCCCCAGCCCGCUGCUGGGGCGAGGCGGCAAGAGCCGCUCGCUGCCCACCCCGUCGUCGACCAAGCCGCCGCCGCCGCCGCCGCCUCAGCAAACGCCGCCCGCGUCGCCCAAGCAGCCGCAGCAGGCGAGGACGGCGCGGGGGAGCGCGGCCGGGCACUGCUUCAGGAGGGUCACCCUCACCAAGCCCACCUUCUGCCACUGCUGCACCGACUUCAUCUGGGGGCUGGCCGGGUACCUGUGCGAAGUUUGCAAUUUUAUGUCUCAUGAAAAGUGCCUGAAAUAUGUGAAGAUACCAUGUUCCUGUAUUGCUCCAAGUCUUGUAAGGGUAAGUCACUCAUAUUUUGUGAUAAGAUUAAUUUUUGUAGCCUUCCCUUCAGCGGCUAUGGCGUCAGCACUAUUUUCUCUUCACAAGGAGGGAUUCUGCCACUCAGCAGCGGAAAACACGGAGGGCAGCGACCAGGUCUGCCAGUCGAGCCUCCCACUCUCCCCCGUGCAACUCGUGCAGGUCGGCGUGCAUGCUCGACCAGCCCCUGUACAGGAUGCCAGGGAGCGUUUGGGCGUGAGAGCCGUGGCUGCAGCCGUGAAGAGGGGAGGCACCGAGAGGACUGCAGGUCAUCUUCCCACCUUGAUCCCAUUUCCACUGCCGGUGUCCCAACUCUUCAGCCAAUGGACGCCUCUGCGGCAGAGGCCUCCAAUCCAGCUGGACUCUUCAGAUGACGACGACGACGUUGACAGUUCAACACAGGGAUCGCUGAAAGAAUCUCAGGUUUCAACAGACUCAAGUACAUCAGGCAAACAAACGUUAAAGAUAUAUGAUGGAAACGAUGCAGUAAAACGCAAUCAGUGUCGGCUUAUUUCGGUUCCACGAAUUACAAAGCAGGAAGAAGUUGUGGAGGCUGCUUUGAGAGUAUACUACAUAAACGAUGAUCCUAAAGACUACGAACUUCAGACGUUCACUCAGCAGGCCUUGUUUUGUGACGACGUCAUCAAUAGGAAUGACGCCGCUGAAGAAUCCCACCCUGGUUCAGUAUUCCGAGAAGCUGCUCCCGAAGCCUGGAUCAUCAGAGCCAAACCGAAAGACAACGAGCUAAUAAAGAUUUAUCCCGCUUGGCUCAAGGUUGGAGUGGCCUGUGUCUCGAUACGAGUAAAGAAAGAAAGCACUACUCAGAUGGUAAUUAAAGAAGUUCUGCCAUUACUUGGAUAUCAGUCGGAACGUCCCCAGAACUUCAGGUUGGUGGAAGUUCUCAUGGGUUCCAAGCAAGUUCAGCGAAUGGUGCUGGAUGAUCAUGAACUGAUGCUGAACAGAUUUCAAGACAUAAGAAAGACUUCACUACGCCAAAUGAACCAAACAAGAUUUUACAUUGAAGAGAACAAUAUGUCUGUGGUGCAGGUGCACUUAUUUGUGGGUGGCCUGCCACCUCAUCUCUCUGCUGCAGAAUACACAAACAUCCUCAAGGAUGAAUUAACCAUCAAAACAAAUUUAGUUUCUGUGAGUCAUGUGUAUUCGUCUCAAGGUGCUGUUAUACUAAACGUUGCAUGUUUUUCCGAAGCUGAAAGACUGUAUAUGCUAGCUAAAGAUACCACUGUUAACGACAAGCCGCUAACUGCUGUAGUGAUUCCUGAAAUUCUGCAUUCCAAGCUUCCACAGAACUGCUGUCCACUGCUGGUCUACGUGAACCCAAAAAGUGGAGGCCUUAAAGGUCGGGAUUUAUUGUACAGUUUUAGAAAGCUGUUGAAUCCUCAUCAAGUCUUUGAACUAACAAAUGGAGGACCGCUGCCUGGACUUCAUACAUUCUCUCAGAUUCCGUACUUCCGGAUAUUGGUGUGUGGUGGCGAUGGCACAGUCGGCUGGGUUCUUGGCGCAUUAGAAGAGAUUCGGCACAAGCUCGUCUGCUCAGAGCCAUCGGUGGCUAUUUUACCUUUAGGCACAGGUAACGACUUGGGGAGGGUGCUGCGCUGGGGUGCUGGAUAUAGUGGCGAAGAUCCGUACUCCAUCCUGAUAUCUGUAGAUGAAGCAGAUGAUGUUCUCAUGGAUCGCUGGACCAUCCUGUUAGAUGCGCAAGAGGCUAUUGAAAGUUCAGAAAAUGGUGUAUUAGAGCCUGAGCCUCCUAAGAUUGUACAAAUGAACAAUUACUGUGGCCUUGGAAUUGAUGCAGAGCUCAGUCUAGGCUUUCAUCAUGCCAGAGAAGAAGAGCCAGACAAAUUCAACAGCAGGUUUCAUAACAAGGGUGUCUAUGUGAAAGUUGGCCUGCAGAGAAUGAGUCACACAAGAAACCUUCAUAAAGAAAUAAAACUUCAAGUGGACCAGCAUGAAGUUGAGCUUCCAAGUAUCGAGGGACUUAUUUUCAUUAAUAUCCCCAGCUGGGGCUCCGGUGCUGAUCUGUGGGGCUCCGAUAAUGAUAAUCGGUUUGAGAAACCAAGAAUCGAUGAUGGCUUACUGGAAGUUGUUGGCGUCACUGGAGUUGUUCACAUGGGUCAAGUCCAGGGCGGCCUCCGUUCAGGCAUCCGUAUUGCCCAAGGCUCCUACUUCCGCCUGACUCUUCUGAAGCCCAUCCCUGUGCAAGUAGAUGGAGAGCCCUGGAUGCAGCCGCCAGGCCAGAUAAUUAUUUCUGCUGCAGGACCAAAGGUCCACAUGUUAAAGAAAUCGAAACAGAAACAGAAAAAAACUGGAUACGUGAAAGACGCCAGAACAGAGAACACAGAGUCCGGUGACAUGAGUCGUUGACACAGGGGGCCCCCUGAGCAGUUGCAACACAUCUACUGUAGGCCAAGUGGAUCUGCCUAAUAAAGCUGUAUUGUCUGGCUCAGAUUAAGAAGGGUUACUUGCAAGCCUGUUGUUAUACUCCAUGUUUGUUGUAUGGUGCCUCUCCUGUGGCUGUCAUGAGACAGAGAUUCAUGCGUCACAGGUUGAACAGAGAUGUUUGCAUUAGGUAGCCUUUCCGUCAACCAGUUCCCAAUUCUCGCUUUAUGCCAGUGAAGCACAGAUCCCGUUAUGCUGCAUAUUUUACACUAUUGUCUUUCUCUGUUUUAGCCUCGGGAGCCAACUAUUUUACAGAAAUAAGCUUUUAGUUUUUACUUAAAACAAAUAAAGGUUUCUUGCUUGGAGGUUAAGUUAGCCAAGAUUCUCUAGAGGAAGAAGAACUAUAUAUACAGAGAAAGAGAGAGAGUCAGCAACUUACAAAACUGAUGAUUUUUAUUUUGCUGAGUGAUUUGUGCAAUAGUGUUUAUGUACGACCAGGAAACAUUGAUUGAGCUCAGCGGCAUGAUCCAUCCUGCACUCUGCUGGUAGUACUGUCCCUGCGAGAGGUUCAUCGCAGUGCACCUGGAUGUCGCUGAUCAACUGGAGGCCAUUGUGACUCCAAUGGAAGAGGGAUCCAGUGAGCCAUUCUGGCCCAGGCCUGCAUCAUGCAGGUUACUUGAACUCAGUUGUUAAUUGCUGGAUUCAUUGCAAGAAGGAAGGGUUAUAGGUUGCACGGGGGGAUCAGUUUUCCGUGCACACGGCAUUGUGUGGGUUCUACCCUCUAUAUUAGGUGACAGUUUAUUUAUAAGCACAAAAAGCUGAAGAAAUAACCUCUUUCUGCACUACUCUACCAACCCCUUUGGGGGACAAACCCCUCUUGUAUCAUUUUUUGGUGGAAAGCACAUUUUUAAAUAUAUAUGUAUAUACACUACAGGCUUCUGUUUUUUUACUAUACUGGAAGCAUGUGUAUUUCUUGUUUCAAAAUUCUCAUCACUAGUCUGCUAUUCCUAAUGUUAUGUCCUCAUUAUCCCCUCUCAACGUGCUAUUCGACUGUUGCUGGAAACACCAAAGCUGAUGAUUAUGGCACAAUAUUGCAGAUUUCAUGUUUCCACAUUCUUUAUGCUUUAUUUAUUGAUACACUAAAUGGAAAUGUGCUGCUGUUUUUAUUCUGUGUUAAAGAGCUGAUCUCGGUUUAUCCACCCAGAUCUCUGCACGUGUCUUGCAUUGAUCCAGACGUCACUACUGAUAGCAUAGGAGGGGAAAUGUCAUAUGCAAAUAGGUCCAUGCCGAUCUUAACUCAUUCUUUGUGAGGUGGUAGCUCCUCGCACUUCUUCACUUUAAUUUCACAACUAGGAUUUGCUAGUUCCUGAUCACUCUUUCUAGUUCUGUGCUGCAGUUGGCUUUUGCAAGAAAAGGUUAGAUCGUUGUCACAGAAUAUCUUUCUGUGCUAAAAUUCAGAAUUUAGUGUAGCUCUGGGAGCUCUAAUAAUAGCAAACAAAUCAUAACAUUUUUUGUAGAAUCACAGCAUGAGUUAGGUCUGCAGUGCAAGAAAGACGUCUUCAAGGAAAUAUUUUGAAAACAGCUCCUUUUGAUGAAGCCUCUGCUCUGCGUCUUUACAGCAAACUACGGUUUAGGCUUAUUCCCAUACUACCAAGAUUAAAAUUGGAGAAUGGGUUGUUUUUCAAA